GCAGCGUUCCACACUCUAUGGAAGCAAAACUGAACAAGCAACAUAUCAAAUCGAUUCCAAGCGAGAAAAGAUAAAGAUAAAUUUUACAAGUCGAUAGUUGAAGGCAAAAACACAAAACGUUAAGUGCUAAAAUGGCCACAUUGGAGGAUAAAUUACUUGGAGAAAAACUUGAAUACUACUGUAGCAGCAGUGAGGGUGAAUAUGAGCCCGACGAAGACGACGAUAGAGGGGGAAAGGCUGCAAAACAAGGACCCGAGGCAUAUAUUGAUCCUGAUGUAUGUCCUCCACCACCUGCAGCGGGUUAUCGACAAGGUUCCACCAACACUGGACCCAAAGGUGUUGUGGAGGAUUGGCAAAGAUUUAAGCAAUUACAAGCAGAGCGGCGCGAGGAAAGCGAAAGACAAAGAAUCGAGUUGGCCAAAAAGCUAACCAUGACCACAGCCACCGCCCAAGAAGAAGAGGAACGCAAAAAACAAGACGAAUUGGAUGCAGAAUUUGCUGAACUAAUGUCUGAAGAUUUUUUGCAACAAUUUCAAAAGCAACGCAUGUCGGAAAUGUUGCGUCAAUGCGGCCAUAGUCAGAAUUUUGGUAAAGUUCUCAAUUUAACAUCUCACACCGAAUUCCUGAACUGCGUCGAAAAAGAGAACAAACACACAACAGUUAUCAUACACAUCUACGAUAAAGCUGUGUCAGCAUGUGCCACUUUAAACAAAUGCCUCGACACCUUGGCUUUGGAAUAUCCCACAGUGAAAUUUGCUAAAAUUUGCAGUUCAGUUGCUGGAAUGAGCAGAGAUUUUCGCAAAAAAGGUCUACCCGCUCUUCUUGUUUAUAAAGCACAAGCUGUCAUUGGAAAUUUCGUACGUGUUACAGAUGACUUGUCAGAUGACUUUUUCGCAUCUGAUGUGGAGAGCUUCUUGAUAGAAAAUGGCAUUUUGGUGGACAAAAAUUUGUAUAAUUUGCAGCAAUAACGAACAAAAUGUUAUGGGAAAAACUACUUAAAUAGACAAUAGGUAUAUCUAUUAACAUAUGUAGGUAUAGUAAUCGAGUAAACAUGAUAAAUGUAUGAUGUACGAUUAAAAAGGGCUUUCCUAUAAAUAGUAGUAGGAAAUUCAUUGCAUUUAUAUUUUGUAUGAAAAUAAACUAAUCCUAACAGCGUUGUAAGAAUUUUAA